AUGUUCAGGCAAAGUGUCCGACGAUUUGCGACGACUGCCUUGCGCAGCGCGGCUGCAGAAUCCUACGGCGUCCGAGUCUCGAAGGCUCAAGGGGUCGUUAACGGACUUACCGAAGCAAUCGGUAACACUCCCCUCAUCCGCCUCAAGCGACUCUCCGAUGAGACAGGCUGCAACAUCCUCGGUAAAGCCGAGUUCCAGAACCCCGGAGGCAGUGUCAAGGACAGGGCUGCGCUUUUCGUCGUCAAGGAUGCGGAGGAGAGGGGUCUUCUGAAGCCUGGCGGUACAGUUGUGGAGGGAACAGCAGGAAAUACCGGAAUUGGUCUCGCGCACGUCUGCCGGUCCAAGGGCUACAAGCUGGUCAUCUACAUGCCCAACACACAGUCGCAAGGCAAGAUUGACCUUCUGCGUCUCCUCGGCGCCGAGGUGUACCCGGUUCCAGCAGUCGCUUUCGACAACACAGAGAACUACAACCACAAGGCGCGGAGACAUGCCGAGUCACUGGAUAAUGCUGUGUGGACCAACCAGUUCGACAACACCGCCAAUCGCCGAGCGCACAUCGAAACCACCGGUCCAGAGAUCUGGGCGCAGACUGGGGGAAAGCUUGAUGCGUUCACCUGCUCGACUGGCACAGGAGGUACUCUUGCCGGAAUUACUUAUUACCUCAAGCAGAUUAGCGACAACCGCGUGAAGUCUUUCCUCGCGGACCCUCCUGGAAGUGUCCUUCACAGUUACAUUCAAAGCGGCGGAAAGUUGACCGAGCGCUCCGGCAGCAGUAUUACUGAGGGUAUUGGUCAGGGCCGCAUCACAGACAACCUCCAGCCUGAUGUCGGCACCUUGGACGGAUCUGUGAACAUCGGCGACGAGAAGUCCAUUGAGAUGGUUUACCGCUGCCUCGACGAAGAGGGACUUUACCUCGGUGCUAGCUCGGCCCUCAACGUUGUCGCGGCGAAGGAAGUGGCCGAAAAGCUUGGUAAGGGCAGCACAGUGGUGACCAUCCUUGCCGACGGUGCCUACCGAUACGCAGACAGGCUGUUUUCCAACAAAUGGCUUGAGACCAAGGGCUUGAGGAACGCAAUCCCCAAGCACUUGGAGAAAUACAUUGUUCUUCCAUGA